GCCAUGGCGGGUGGGUCUGCAUCCUGCACUUACAGUGGGAGGAGAAAGUUGUGUUGCGUCAUCAGGGCGCUGCGGCCGGAAUGCCACGUGCUCUGUGAGCGGCGUGUGGAACGUGGCGGUCGGGUAAGGAACCCGGGGGAGAGCCAGGCGCGUUACUGGGGAGAGAGCCAGGCGGACCGGGCGCGGUACCGGGGAGAGAGCCAGGCGGUGCUUCACAGGUAAUGGCAGAUAGUUGUGAUUCCUGUGUUGUAUAUGGUGCUAUAGGAUGGUCUGCCGUUAUACCGAGUGCUCACACUGUGUUAGUAAAUAUUAAUUCACAAAAAAAAAAAGUAGAGAAAAUACCCUAAACCGUGCAGAUUCCGGUCAUCUUGGCGGAUACUGAAUGAUUGAGUCUGUCUGGCAUUAGUAAUGGUGUUUUUGGUUUUUCUGGUAAUGCUUUCAUUGUGAAAGUGACUGGAAGAAGAAGAGACAUUCUAAUGGCAGGACGUUCAAUGUGCAAAGUUGCAUUCAAAUUGUUACUAUACGUUGCUGUAUAGGAUAGUGACUUCACAGGAUCAUUGAGUGAGCCUUCCUAUUCAGGAAUUGUGAGUGUGUAAACUGCAUAAAAACUUCUAAAAGAGCCGAGCUUUUGUGGCUAAUUUUUAAUGUUUCAUUCCAGAAUGGCUAAUAUGGCGACCAAACGAGAGGCAAGAAGCAAUGGGUGAUGAAUGAUAUGUGAGUAUAACAGAGAUAUUGCUGUUUUUUUAAUUUGUGUAGAGUUAGUCUUUUCCCACUUGUGCCUCUUAAAUAUGAGGAAUUUCUUCUCUGUAGUGUUCGUUAUCCAGAGUUAUUCACUAAAGUGAAUUUCAUAUUUAAGAUCCAAAUAGUUGAACAGGAAAAAAUACCUAAGUAAGCUAUGUUUCCAGUUUGACUAUUUUGACCUUACAUUUGAAAUGCACCUUGAAUUCUCGCUUUUGUAAAUACCCCUUAUAAUGUCAUUAGUUGAUUUUCCCUCCUUGCCAUUAAAACAUAAGAAAUGCCUACCUUUCAGCCUUUGCUGUAACUUCCUGUCUGAGAGUGGCAAAUCUUUGUUCCAUUCAAAUCCUCUCAGAGUAGCAUUUAGUGAACGGGACAUCACUUGAGAAAUAUAUAUUUUAUUUUUUUUAAACCAGCAAGUAAAUACUUUUUAAGCAAAAAUACAUAACAAAAUAAGCUUUAAAGGACCACUAUAGUGCCAGGAAAACAAACUAAUUUUCCUGGCACUAUAGUGUUAAUAGGUGCCCCCCUCCCGCCGGGCUCAAGAAGGCUUAAGGGGUUAGACACUUGCCUUUCUCCAGCGCCGGGCUCCCACGGUGCUGGGGGCUCUCCUUCGUCAUUCGCCGACAUCAAUGAGACAGCCACUAGAGGCUGGAUUAACCAUAAUGUAAUCCUAGCAAUUUCUAUGAAACUGCUAUGUUUAAAGCUGCAGGGUUAACCCCUAGAUGGACCUUGCACCCAGACCACUUCAUUGAGCUGAAGUGGUCUGGGUGCCUAUAGUGGUCCUUUAAAGGAUCACUAUAGUGUCAAAAAACAAACCAGUUUUCCUGACCCUAUAGUGCCCCUAUCCUCAGGGUCCCCCUCUCUUGGUUUAAAACCCCUUAAGGACCAAACUUCUGGAAUAAAAGGGAAUCAGGACAUGUCACACAUGUCAUGUGUCCAUAAGGGGUUAAUCCAGCGCUGGUGACCUCUCCUCCCCCGCCGUCAGCUCCCGAGUGGAGCAGGAUUGCGCGCCAAGUGCUGCACACUGGAUGCGCCUCUAGCGGCUGUCAGGAAGACAGCCACUAGAGGUUGGAUUAACCCUGCUAUAUUAACAUAGCAGUUUCUCUGAAACUGCUAUGUUUACAUAUGAAGGGUUAAAACCUGAGGGACCUGGCACCCAGACCACUUCAUUGAGCUGAAGUGGUCUGGGUGACUAUCGUGUCCCUUUAAAAUAUAUGUGAUAAACCUUUUAUAAACUUGGUCAGAUUCCAUUAUUGGGACUCUCAACUAGAGGAAUUUCUCUGCUGCUCCACACUCCCUCAAUUUUACAGCAGUCCACCGACAAACGGGACAUCACUGUGCAACAGCAGAAGAGACCGAUCUGUAUGAUCAGUCUCCCUUACUUCUGCACAUAUGUAAAUCUGUUAGGCCUGCCCAAUGCCCUUUUUCAGCAUUCCUAUGGAUAGAACACUAAUUGGUUAGAUAUAUUUUGGUUUCCAGUUGCUCCAUGAAUCCAUGGGACCUGCAUCUUGUGGCAGAUUCCCUUCCUAGCCAUGGAAAAUAAAUGCCUUGGUUCCUGCUUUAGUUGCUGCCAUGCCUGGUUUGCAGACUAUCUGGAACUGAGCAACACAUUUUGUUGUAUCCUGCUUUUUUUAUUCAGUUUACACUUUUAUUAUUCAAUAUUGGUUAAUAUUUACUGGAUUUGCAUUGUAAAAUACGUUGCAAUAACUUUCACACUCUGCCUUUCAUGUAAUAUUUGUACAACUAUAUAUUUUUAGGGCAUCCUGGCGCUAGAGGUCACUGUUGUGAUGGAAUUCUCCUUCAAAAGAUAGAGGCACCCGUCCAGUUUUUUAAAGGGCAGGAAAUAGGCAAGUUUUCUACAGAAGUGUUUUUAUUAAUUUGAAUUGCUUUAUUUGUUUUUUCAAAAGCUAAUUACCAUGAUUCCAUGGGGCUUGUCUGCAGUGGCAAUGUCCCUUCCUAGGCAUGGAAAAAUAUUUUGCUUUCUUUUAAUGUAGCUGUGUCCACCAGGUUGGAAUCAGUAUUUUAAAAGUAAGUGACAGUAUUGCCUAAUCUGAUUACUACCGUAUCUGAAAAUUCUGACUACUAAUGUCAACCAUCUGGGUGGGGGAUGCAUCUAUCCAAUAUACGGCUUUCCUCUGAGCAUUUAUGCAUGUGUAAUUGUGCACAGCUGCAAUUCUCUGAAAUGUUUAAAUGUAUUUGUGUAAAAUAUGUUGCAGUGUUAAGUGAAGACGAAGAUGUGAUUUAUGGGGUAGUGCUGAAGUUUCCGUGUUGAGGAAAGAUGACCUCAGUCUUGUGAAGACAGUGUGUUAUGAAGAUCUUAAAGGUAAUGCUGUGAAUUAGUUGGAAAGUAAUGUACAAGCUGCAUAGUCAACACAAUAUACAUUAUCAAAUCAAAUACUGCACACAGUAUUGGGCAGUAAACAAUUCACAGCCCUGUGCAUAUAAUUGAGGUUGAUCUGGUAGGGGACUCGGACUCGGAUGUUAAAAUGUGGUUGUAAUGUUUUUAGAAAUCCUUACUCAAAGUUUAACUGAACUAUAGACCACAAAAUUGGUAAAUGUACUUCUUUGGAAAAAUCAUAAUGUAAGUGUUUGGUGAAUGGUGUGUUUUUUUUUUGUUUUUUUUUUUUUUUUUUUUUAAUUGUGCUGUAGAUUAGGAAUUAUCAAACUCCCGUAACUCAUGCCACAGCUCUUAAGUGUUAGACUCAUCAGAUGGCUACUAGAGGUGCAGCACCUCCAUGCUCUGCAUAGAGAUGCAUUGGUUCAAUGCAUCUCUAUGAGGAGGUGCUGACUGGUCAAGCUGGUGUUUGGCCUGCCUAUUUCUGCCAGUGCUGGCAGACCCACACAGCGCUGGAAAUAAGGUACAUUGUAUUACCUUUUUUAAAGUGGUUAACUGGAACACGUUUGUGUUCCUGACCCUAAUGUUCCUUUAAUUCGUGUCAUAUUCUUAUUCUGCUACCCUAUCUCGUUAGUCAUCAGCUGCAGAAGUCUGGGCUCUAAAAAUUUCUAACUUGUUUUAGUCUUCUAUACAGCCUUUGUGUAAGUACUAAUUUUCCAUGAAUCCAUGGGUCCUGUUUCUUGUAGCAGAGUCCCUUCCUAGCCAUGGAAUAGAAAUGUCUUGGUUCCAAUUAUGCCUGCUGCCAUGCAAGGUUGUCAGACUGGAAAAGCAAGCAACAAUUCUGCAAUGCUCACUCUUUAAUUGUAAUCUUCUCAAAUAAAACCGCUAUAUAGAUCACAUUUUUUUUUAUAUAUAUAUAUAUAUAUAUAUAUAUAUAUAUAUAUAUAUAUAUAUAUAUAUAUAUAUAUAUAUAUAUAUAUAUAUUUUAAAAUGUUUUUCAAAGAUAUGCUUUGCUUAACAUUUUGUUUUUACUUUCACUUUGUAGGAGAUACUGCUGUUCCUGUAUAAAAUGGACUCUCCAUGAGUCAAUCUUUCCAGCAGAUUACUUCUAGCGAAAGAAGAUGCAUUUUGUCAACUGAGAUGCAUACCGUGCCUAGCGAUUUACCCAAGUUGUAACUUAUUUAAAGAUGGGGAAGCAUUAAUAAAAGUUUAUUCCAAUGGCCAUAAUUCUUUCAUUAACCACAUUGUCUGUUUAAAUUCUGCCUUGUUUUCAUCUAUUUUAUAACUGAUAACAGAUAAUGUGAGAGCGGAGAAUGGUUUAACUUCUUGAGGUUAGAGUGUGCCGCAGGAGGACUCCUGGUACCAUAAUUUAAUUUAUAUGAAGUUGUCUUGGUGCCUUGAGUGCCCCUUUUAAUUAAUAAUGAAGUGUAAAGAUGCAAUAUCACAUGAGUGUAUUGCAAUAAUCAGAAAUGCAAGAAGCAGCUCUUAUAUACAACUUGCUAGUAGCCCAGAAUAGAACGAUAUCAGAACUGUGCCAGUUAAUAAACUUAAUAUAAGAAGUUAAAAAAAAAAAAAAAAAGUGGUUAAUAUACUUAGCAUAGUGGAUAC